AUGGAAGAUCAAGGAGGAGGAGGAUCCAUCAAAAUCGACAAACUGACGGACUCCAACUUCUACGUGUGGAAGCAGAAAAUACAACUUCUGCUUGCUCUACGUGAUGUUGACCAAUACAUCGUUGAGGGAAGAGUUCCAAGUGAGGAACGUGCGGAAGAGCGUAAGAAGUGGAUCAGAGGUGACAGUAAAGCUAAAGCACUGAUUGGUCUCUCCCUAUCAGAUGAGCAUCUUGAGCAUGUACGUGAUGUUGAUACUGCUCAUGAGAUGUGGGAAGCUAUUGUCAACGUGUUUGAGAGGCACACUUUGCUGAACAAACCAGCUGCACGUCGUGAGUUCUACACUGUGAAGAUGCUUUCCGGUGAAAAGGUGCUUGCAUACAUCAAUCGUGUCAAGCAGCUGGCAGCCAUCCUCAAGUCAAUGAGCGUAAACAUCGAUCACAAGGAGAUGGCCAUGGCAGUGCUCAACGGUCUGCCUGCCCGUUUCGAGGCUCUCAUCGUUGCACUUGAUGCUCUCGGUAAUGAGGAAAAGAUAUUCAGUUUGGACUUUGUGAAAAGUCGUCUGCUGCAGGAAGAGCAACGAGCAAACAUGAAGUCUAGCUCCUCACAGACAUCGGCUCUGGUUAAUCGUGCCCCGAACAAUCGGGACAUAAACGAUUACAAAUGCACGAACUGCGGUCAUACAGGCCAUACGGCAACCCGCUGCUGGCUCAUAUUACAUAGAUCUUUGUUUGCAACGUAUGAGCCACUUGAAUCCGCCUCUGUUCAGAUGGGAACCAAGGCUAGUGCAAAGGUUGCCGGCCGUGGUGACGUUCACUUGAAGUUAAAUGUGAAUGGCCGCAUCGAACCGUGCAAGUUGACGGAUGUAUUGCACGUUCCGGACUUUGCGUUCUCUCUGCUCUCUGUCAGUCGAAUGACUGAACUUGGACUAAAAGUUGGGUUCGAAAAUGGAAAAUGCAUGAUCAGACGAGGCUCAACUGUAGUGGCGACUGCGACAUUGGUUGGAGAACUUUACGUUCUCGACAUCGUCAGUGACAUCGGAUCUGCACAUGCUGCCACCCUGCAAACGUGGCAUGAGCGCUUUGCACAUGUGCAUUCUCAAGGUAUUGCUUCGAUGAUUCGUGACAAUGUGGUAAGUGGAGUCAAACUACUUGGUAAUGAGGCUAACAAAAUCAACAAUACUGACAAUGAUUGCAUCUCUGAAAAAUGUUCUGCGUGCGUCUACGGCAAAGCCACUCGAUCUGUGAUCCCAAAAGAGCGGUCCUCGAGGCGGGCAUACUUCUGUCUAGACUUAGUUCACUCUGAUGUUUGUGGCCCCUUAGAGGUGCAGUCCAUUGGUGGUGCCAAGUACUUCAUUACCUUCAUAGAUGAUCACUCAAACUGGUCAGUAGUGUACCCUAUGCACCAUAAAUCAGAAGCAUUUGAACGAUACAAAAUGUUUGCACAACUUGCUCAGACUCACACUGGUCGCAAGAUCAAAGUGCUUCGCACCGAUCGAGGUGGUGAGUAUCUGUCCACGGAGUCUAAGUCUUUUCUGAUUGCAAAUGGUACUCAGCAUCAAAUGAAGACCGCAUACACACCGGAGCAAAAUGGCGUCGCCGAGCGACUGAACAGAACUUUGGUAAACUUGGUGCGCUCCAUGCUAGCGCACAAGAAAGUUACGAAGGGGUUCUGGGCAGAAGCACUUGCCAAUGCAGUGUACGUUCGAAAUCGAGUCACGUCACGUGCCAUUCCCCCCAAGAUGACCCCCCACCCCUUAUGGAUGAAAUCUGUGCCAAAUGUUGGUCAUUUGCGUGUUUUCGGUUCAAAGUGUUGGUAUACAUUACCAAAACACAACAUCCAGAAACUUGACGCCCGUGCAAAGAAGGCAAUGUUUCUGGGGUAUGCUGAAAAUACGAAAGCUUACAAGUUGUGGGAUGGUGAUUUGCACAAAGUGAUCGUAUCCAGAGAUGUUACUUUUGACGAGUCCACGGGAGGCAAAUCUUAUAGAAAGGUCAGCGGGGCAGACUGA